UAAUCAUUAAUCAUGCAGUGCUAUCAUUAAUUCAUUCGUCGUAAUAAGAAUGAAGGACGUACAAUAGCUGUACGUUCUCUUUGAGCCAGUUUAUCCUAAAGCACGAAAAUCCAUUCCAUCCAAUCACAAUGGUUUACAGUUUUGGAAGCAGGCAGUUUGAGUUAUUUCAACACUGAACUUUUGAAGGGAAUUUCAUAAUUUCGUCUGAGUUAAUUUUGGAGUGAAAAAAGAAAACAGGAACGAGAAAGCUAAUUGACUCAACGUGACAUCUGGUCUCUUUCCACUAUGACGGAUCGUAGAAGUACAAGAACUGAACUAUCUUACCGGCGUAUGUCUUCACCGAUGCUGGAAGAAGCCUUCCAAGCUCACGGUCAAAGUGGACAUCGCUUCACUAAAAAAACAUUCACAAGGCCGACUUACUGCCAUCACUGUACUGAAAUGCUUUGGGGAUUCACUAACCAAGGAUAUACUUGUGAAGUUUGUAAUUUUGUAACCCAUGAACGGUGUCUCACCAACGUCAUAACAGCAUGUGUUUCCAUAGCAACGACUUUAGUUAAAAACCCUGUAGCACACACUUGGGGAGGUAAAUCAUUUUAUAGAAGAAAAUUCUGCAAUGUUUGUAGAAAGAGACUUGAAGAUUGUGAAUCAUUUAGGUGCCAAGUUUGUGAAUAUUUUGUACACGAUACAUGCAAAGAAUUUGGAAUCAGUGACUGUAAAUACUCUGCGACAUUCAUCCCUACAUCUAAUAAAUCCACACAGAUAUUAACCCAAACACAUGGUCAUCACUGGAGAGAAGGAAACAUUGGUUUAGGUGCAAAGUGUGUGUAUUGCAAAAGAUCAUGUGGGACCAUGGAGUGCUUGGCUAGUUAUAGGUGUAGCUGGUGUGCCCAGAUGGCACACAGUGGAUGCUUUGAAAUGCUUCCAAAAGAAUGUAAAUUUGGAUAUCUGUAUAGGCUGUCUCUCCCUCCAUUCUGUGUAUCGUUACCCAAUAUUGACCUGUGGGGUCCCUGGAGAAAGUCUAAUACAGGGAACUUGCAAUCAUUACAGGGUAGCUAUGUUGAUGAAGAUGAUGGUAUUGUACCAGACCACCCAGCUGCUCAAUCAACAUUUUCAGCCACCUCAAGUCAUUCCUUAGAAGCCAAAGAAGUAGCUCAUUUAGAUGUUUAUGAUGGAAAUAUUCAUUCACCAAAAACUCGUAAAACUAUACCUGUGCCAAGAAAUGUUCAAGUUGAUCACCUUUUGAAUGAAGCACUGAAGAAAUUUUGUAUAAAUGAUGAUCCCAAUAAUUAUUAUCUAGCUAAAGUAGUAGAUCAAAAUAAUGAACGACCAUUAGAUCUAGAAGAAAUGCCUGUCCAGUUCACUGAGAUUGAAAAAAGUCCUUUGAUAUUCCUAAGGAUGAAGAGUGCAGACAGAAGAAAAGGCUACAUCAGAAUAUACUCUGGCUUGCAGAUAGAUGUGCAAUCAACAUUCAGAACCCUACCGGUUUCAGCAAGUACCACAGUAUUAGAGGUGCUGCAGUUAGCAUUACAGAAGUUUGGCAUCAGGGAUGCAAAAGUUGAUGAUUAUGUUUUGACUGAAAUGCACCUACAUCAAGGAGUGGAAGAGAGGUUUAUGCAAAGUCAUGAGAGCCCUUGGAAAUGUCUCAUGGAUAUUCGAAAGAAAUCUAUAAGGCAGAUGAAAUUUGCACGGUUCUACCUCCGUCGCAAGCUGGAGCCACGUGUUAGUAGUUGUUUGUGUGUUGGUAACUUACCUACAUAUUUAGUUGAUAAAGCAAGAUAUGAAGCUGUUUUAGAUGACACCUUGAAAGACAUUUCAGAGUAUUGUGAAGUAGAAUCUGUUCAUCCUAGUUAUGGUAUGGUGUUUGUUAAGCUACCUUCAGCAGAUCUAGCGGCAGAGGCCAUAGAUAAACUCAAAGGAUCUGUUGUGGAUGGCAAAGAUGURUUUGUUAAGUUACUUCCUACAAUACAUCCAGAARCACUUCCAAUUGAGUGUCAUCCUCUUCUGGUGUUUGUUAAUCCAAAGAGUGGUGGUGGUCAAGGAGAUGAUAUAAUGUCAGCAUUCCAGAGGCUACUCAACCCUAACCAAGUCUACAACCUUCUAGAUGGAGGUCCUUUACCUGGUUUAUAUGCAUUCAAGGACAUCAAGAUGUUUCGUAUUCUGAUCUGUGGUGGUGAUGGUACAGUGGGAUGGGUGUUAUCAUGUCUAGAUGAUAUUAGUUCUCUGUUAAAGUGUAAGAAACCUCCCUCAGCUAUUGUGCCUCUUGGUACAGGUAAUGAUUUGUCAAGAGUACUGAACUGGGGAGGAGGGUAUUCCUCUGGGGAGUCACCAUUAUCAUUGCUUAUAGCAGUAGACCAUGCUAAURCAGGUCUCCUGGACAGAUGGUUUAUAAUAUUUGAUAACGCAGACACACCGUUGUCCGAUACCAAGUCUAAUGACAGUGCUAUYGGCAUGGGUUGUAACCGUGAAGAUGAACCCAACAUGUUUGUAAUGAACAAUUAUUUUGGAAUUGGUAUUGAUGCUGACCUGUGCUUGGAUUUUCAUUUGAAACGCUGGGGAGCUGGUGCAGAUCUGUGGGGACCUCACAGAGAAGAAGAUGGUUUUAGUGCUGCAGACCAUGAUGAUGGUAUGAUAGAGGUUGUUGGGUUAACUGGUGUCAUGCAAAUGGGUCAAAUCCAGAGUGGCAUGAGAUAUGGAUUAAGAAUAGCUCAAGGAUCACAGAUCAAUAUAAGGCUCAAAAGUGAACUUCCAGUUCAGAUUGAUGGUGAACCWUGGAUGCAGUCUGCUGGCCAAGUAAUUAUCCGCCCAGCACUCAUGCAGGCUGCAAUGCUGUCAAAAAGAAGAGUCAAGGCCAAACAACUUCAUCAAAGGGCUGCAAUAUCCAGACCCACCUCAGCACCUAAUAUUCCAAAYAGUGUCUUUUAUAAUGAGUAGAGAGAGCACUAGUAUAAUACUGGUAUGCUCACAAUAAUCUUCAAGAGAAAGAAUGGAAAUGAGAAAAUGAAUGAUUGAAAUGGGAGGAACUGAAAUCAUAUCUUCAACGUUUUUUAUGAGCACUUGGAAGAAAGAGAUUCCAAGUGAUUGACUUAUUCUAAUCUUCAAGAGAAGUCAUGUAAAUGAGAAAAUGUAUGAUCGAAAUGGGAAAAACUGAAUACAUAUCUUCAACAUCUCUUACAAGUUAGAAGGAAGAGUUUCCAAAUGAUUGAUAUAAUACUAAUUAUCUAAAAGAGAAAAAAUGGGAAUGAGGGAAAAAUGAUCGAAAUGGGAGGAAUGUAAAUACAAUGAUCCUUUACAUUUUGAUCACUCAUACAAACAUAUUCCUAGUGUACAUAUACCAAUAUCAUGCAGAUAUUAUUCAAUAAUCAAUACAGUUAUAGCACGAGCCAUGCCACAUACAUAGAAAAUAGAAUCACAUAUUAAGUAUUUCGUACAGAAGAUUUGUUUUUUAAUGAAAGAAUUUUGAAAUAAAACUUAAGACAAGAUUUGCUGAGAAAACUGUAUACAGUACGUGGUAAUUUGUUAAGAAAUUAUGUAAGAUAAUUGUGUUAUAUAUUGAGGUAAAAGCAUUCGUUUUCAUGGCAAGGUGCUACUUCAGGUAAUUAAAUUAUAGAAUGAUUCAURCCAUUCAUUUUUGUAACAAAUAAUUACAAUGGUACAUAUUGAACUGGAUUGCUGAUAUUUUUUGUAAGUUUGUAAUUUUUAAAGCAAUCCAGAAAUUAAAAAGAUAGGUAAACAUUUUGAUAAAUGUUCAGAAAUAAAAGUUAUGUGUUUUUAA